AUGACAUAUAGCAGGGAAGAAUAUAACAACACUAGACCAUCUAGCGCUGCUCUCAUAUUGGAACCAGAACAGCAACAAUCAGAAAAAAAUAACAUCGAUUGUAGCAUAUCCGAUAUUAAUAACACUUUUAAUAACGAUGGUAUUAAUACUUUGCUGAACAUGAAUUUAGCAGCAAAUUAUACAAAGGAUAAUAGUAACAAUACCGGUAAUGCGGGGUUAGACCUAGAAUCGCUAAUUCUAUCAACUCCGUUACCGCCAUCAAUAACAACUAUAAAUGAUGCCAGUAAUACUAACGAUAACGCUAAUAUUACCAAUAAUGCUUCCACUGAUAAUGCCACCAUUGCUGCUAACAAUACAAAUACUACAGACCCAAGUAGCAGUAGUACCUUAUUCGAAGAAACAUUUCACAAAUCACAGAAACAAGAUAUGAAUGUCUCAAAUACAAAUAAUAGCAAUAACAGUAAUAUAACAUUUGCUGAUUUAGGUGUUAUUAUACAUGACCAUGAUGAGGAUUUUGGUUAUGACUAUGAAGAUGUGUUAACUGCACCAACUGAACGUAAUUCUGUUGUCACUCCUACAGAUACCGCCGCCAAUAAAAAUGAUAACAAGCUACAAUCAAAUUAUCCACUAAUGCCACAAAAUAAUAAUACUUGUGUAAAUUCCACAUUUGAUUGUAUUAAUCCGCGCUAUCUAAAUAAUAUUAAUGGGGUUUCUUUUUUCCCUACGAGUCCACAUACUAGUAGCAACAGUAGCAAUUACAAUACUAGUUCUAUAAAUUCUAUUUCCACUUUUACUGCCGGUGGUGAUGGUUAUGAUGGUGGUGAUGGUGAUGUUAAUAAUAAUGAUAAUCAUAGCCACAAUCAUCGUCACCAACACCGCCAUCAUUACAAUAGUCAUAGCAAUCACAAUGUUAAUAACAACAAUGCCUUCACGAUUAAUGGGCGGAGGCCUAGCGUUUUACUAACUGAUACAGAUCCAGAAGAUAUAUUCGGUUUGAAUUUAAAAAGUAUUAAUAAUAACACUAACACAGCUUUUUCUAGAAAAGAACGGGAAAAUUCAAUCUCUUCGAUAAAUAGCGGAGGUAGCAUAAGCAGCACUACUCGAAUAAAGAACACAUUAUCUAAAAAUAGUAAUUCUAAUAGUAAUAAUGCUAUCAAUAAUAAUAUUUUUUUGGAUGAUUAUAGUCAAGGCAGUGGUGCCAAUGGUAUAUCAACAACGCACAUAUUGUUAAGUUCUUCGCCAACCACUACGCUUACUAGGAGGAGACAUUCAAUUGAUGGGAAAAUUACAAAAAAACUAAUCACAUCGGAUACAUGUACAACUACUAAUAUAAAUCCCGGUAGUGUCACUAAUACAAUAGAUAAUGUUAUGGAUUAUAAGAAUAACAGCAACAGUACAAAUACUAGUAAUAGCACGAGUAUUAGUCCACUUAGUGAUGUAAUAACAGGUGUUACUCUUAAUCCGAAUGCUAACAGCGUUUGCAAUAGUGCUUUGAUCGAUAAUGGUAAUAUGGUUUCCACCACCAUCAAUAACAACGGUAAUAGUAGUAGGCAUUACAAGCACAAUAGAUCAAGGUCAAUUCCUGGUAAUAAUAUUCAGUUGAAUGAUAUUAAUCUGAUUGAUACGUUUAUAAGUAAUGAUUUGUUCAAUAAUUAUUUAAACAACGCUAAUAAUAACUCUGUGAGUCCUACUAUGAAGAGCAAUAAGAUUGCGAAUAAUCUUAAAGAUGAUGACGAUACCGAUACCGAUUAUGAUAAUGAUGAAGAAAUGCAAUUAAAAGAUUUACUGGGACACGACGGCCUUAUAUUGUCUCCUCCUUUAUCACCAUACCAUGCUGCUACUACGAUUACUAGUCAUAAACUAGAAAAUAGUUUAUCAGGUAAUGGGAGUACUUCCCCAAUUUCUAGUAUGGCCACUUGCAUAGCUAAUAGUCUAAAUAUGAAGGAAACUGCAUCUAACAGAGGGAGAGGACAAGGUAAGACUAAAAGCACAGAUAGAAGCGAAAAUAAUUUAGAGACUAACAGUAAUAUUGUGACUAAUAAUUUUUCAGAGAAUAGUAAAAAUAAUAUUGUUACAACUAGUACAAUGAAUGUUAACUCAGAUGAUAACGAAAAACCUUUUAAAUGUAGCGAAUGUAUUAAACGUUUUAAACGACAAGAACAUUUAAAAAGGCAUUUUAGAAGUGUUCAUAGUGAUGAAAGACCAUACCCUUGCACCCUUUGCGAUAAGAAGUUUAGUAGAAGUGAUAAUUUAACUCAACACUUGAAAACGCAUCUCAAAACACAUAAUAGCAAAAAAACAAAGAAGUGA